CGCUUCCCACUGUUGGUAGUACAGCAGAAGAAACCAAAGAGGUUUCUCGUAAGCACACAGAAUAGUGGACCACGUUCUGUAUCAAACAGCAUAUUUGUCUCUGGAAAGGAUAGUCAAGGAUAAGUUCUCAGUUCGGUUAACUGCCAAGGUCCUCCUCUCCUGAAACGUCUCGAUUGUCAGGUCACACUGUGGGAUUGAGCACGUCGUCUACGCAUUCAAGCACGAGCACCAAAGUAAAGUGGCCUUGCGCCGUGCGCCAAACGAGCGUCUAGUUGACGUGGGUGAACCUGAAAUUGGAUCGCUGGCUGCAUUUGAGCAAAAUAACAGGACAGUAACCUUGUAGAUGUCAAUUGAGAUAACCCACCAGUUCAGAAUGUUUCCCAUCAAGAUAAAUCCUGAUUCCAAUCUAUUAGGCGACACUGUGGAAUAUUCUGGCCUGGUGUCGCCAGUAGAGGCGGCAUUACACGCAAAUGACUCAAGGCAAUUCAGUACCCGAGUCACACGGAUGCCACAGCUCGCCAACCUUCUAUGCGAUGCAGCUCAGGUGGCCAAGACGCGAUUGCUCAAAUGAGUGUAGUUGGACAGAAAGACCAAUUUUUGUGUAAUACCAAAAAACCUUUUUUGGUCGGGAGUGACGUCAAUCAAGCUACCUCUGCCUUUGGCCAAGCUCCGACUCUCCUUCAGUAUCGAAUUCCCAAGCCGAACUUCGAGGCGACGACGAUGGCUUCGCCGAGGAUGUUGUUGCUGCUGCUGCUGCUGACGCUGCUGCUGGCGCCCGCAUCGGCCGAGGGUAUGCAAUCCGUCAUGGGCAUCGUCAACACGAAGCGCUCCGUGAAACUGGACCCGAGCGUACAACACAUUCCGCUAGACCCGGCGAAGGCCCAGCUGCGGCCUCCGCCGGCACAGAUCCCCGCGUCGUUCGACAUCUUCGUGGGCCUCUCAGUCUUCCGCGAUGGAUUCCGCUGUGGCAAGACCAUUUUCACAGGACUGAAACGUGCCAAGUACCCGGAGAGACUCUUUUUCGGCGUGGUGGACCAGGUGAACGACGGCGACGAGCGCUGCCUCGAUGAGUUCUGCAAGAUGGCCGAGGCUGAGUGGCCCGACAAGGGACCAUGCCCCUACAAAGAUCACAUCCGCGUGGACAUACGCCAGGCCUCCGAAUCGCGCGGCCCCACGCUCGCGCGCCACCAGCAGCAAAAGUUGAUCCAGCAAGAGGAGUUCUGUCUGCAGCUGGACGGCCACAGCAUUUUCACGAACCUCUGGGACGAAAACCUGCUGGCUGAAUGGAAGCGCGUCAACAACGAGAUGGCUGUGCUGUCCACGUAUUUGCACCACAUCCACGACUUCGUCAAGGAGAAUGGCGACAAUGCGCUCUCGGCUUCGUUGCCACAUUUGUGCUCGACCAUGCGAGGGUCCAAUGGUCUGGUGCGUACUGUUGGCGCUAGUAUGAUCAGCGGCUCUAAGUUCCCGCAGCUGGAGGCCCUUUGGGGUGCUGGCCUGUCCUUCAACAAGUGCCACGCCGAGCGGCGAGUUCCUGUGGACUCACAUACGCUAUGGAUGUUCGACGGUGAGGAAUUCUUGCGUGCAUCCCGAUUGUGGACGAGUGGAUACGACAUGUACUCUCCCAGUGAGCUGGGCUCCGUUAUCUACCACAAUUACUCAAAGGUCCCGGCUCGUUUUGAGCACAUUACGGUAGAUCCGCAGGUGAAGAAGCGCGAGAGCGAGAUGGCUGUGAACCGCUUUAAACACCUGGUUGGUAAACCCGUUAAGGGCAUGGUCGAUACGUAUGAGCUUGAUAAUUACGGCUUCGGAUCGGUGCGCUCGUUUGAGACGUAUCUGAAGUUCUCUGGCGUGACGUUCCAGGACGGUGUGAACGAUACCGAGUCGUGUGAGCAGCUUCACUGGGUGCCUUAUGAAAACGCGACGGAAGUAGAGGCUCUUAUGGGAAAUGGUUGGAAGCUGCAGGCGACGUCGGAUGGGGCCGCUCAACCCACCCCGCAGCAACAGGUUGCUCAGGAAGCCGAGCAAGAAGGAGUAAAAACACAAACACUAGUGCCCACGAAGGAGACUGUCGAUCCGCCGAAGGAGCUGGCAGUUGUCGAUGAUGACCCCAACGCCGAGGUUGCACAACAUGCAGCAGAUGCUCACGCUGAGAACGGCGCAGAUAUCGGUGAAGAUGAGGAGGAGGCGAAGGCGCGUUUGCGGCAGGAGGUAGUGAACAAUCGCUCGGCUAAGGGCCCUUCCACCGCUCCAGUCUGGUUCUUCCUGUUUGUAGUCGUGGCCGCCCUGUUCGUGACACUUUCAAACGACAGAGUGUCGCGCUCAAUCCGGCUAGCAUUCUGUGCCAGUACUCCACACACGCACAGCAGCAAUGAGUAAGUACUGACAGACAAUUCAAAAUGUUCCCUCCUUAGGCGUUUUCAGCUGUCUUAAAUACACAAAAUAGGUAGCAAAAGCCUGGUUUCAUGUUG